CGAAAGCUCCAAGCUCUGGCUCUCCUUACAAACACAUUGUCUCUCUUCCACUCUCUUGCUGUCUCUUGUUCACUCCACAGUCUCCAAUAAUCGUCCGUUUUUCUAGGAAAUUUCAGCUGAUUUCGUCAAUGGCGGAUCAGAAAGCGGAGGAAGCAACAAUUCCAUUCAAGAAUCUCUACAGCAGAGAAUAUCAAGGUCACAAGAAGAAGGUGCAUUCAGUGGCUUGGAAUUGCACUGGAACGAAGCUCGCUUCGGGUUCGGUCGAUCAAACGGCUCGAGUUUGGCACAUUGAACCUCAUGGUCAUGGCAAGGUGAAAGAUAUUGAAUUUAAGGGGCACACUGAUAGCGUGGAUCAGCUCUGUUGGGAUCCCAAGCAUGGAGAUGUACUUGCAACAGCAUCAGGGGACAAAACAGUGCGUUUGUGGGAUGCUCGUAGUGGGAAAUGCUCACAGCAAGCAGAACUUAGUGGUGAAAAUAUUAACAUUACGUAUAAACCUGACGGGACACACAUAGCUGUCGGAAACAGGGAUGAUGAAUUAACCAUAUUGGAUGUUAGGAAAUUCAAGCCAAUUCACAGGCGCAAAUUCAACUAUGAGGUAAAUGAGAUUGCCUGGGACAUGACAGGAGAUAAGUUCUUUCUGACAACUGGAAAUGGUACUGUCGAAGUCCUUGCAUACCCAUCUUUGAAGGCACUUGACACCCUUACGGCUCACACUGCUGGUUGCUAUUGCAUUGCAAUUGAUCCACUGGGAAGAUAUUUUGCUGUUGGAAGUGCGGAUUCAUUGGUCAGCCUUUGGGAUAUUAAAGAGAUGCUAUGCGUACGAACUUUUGUAAAACUCGAGUGGCCAGUCCGAACAAUAAGUUUCAAUCACACUGGAGAAUAUAUUGCUUCAGCUAGUGAAGAUUUAUUUAUUGACAUAUCAAAUGUUGAAACUGGACGGUCUAUUCAUCAAAUACCUUGUCGGGCGGCAAUGAAUAGUGUUGAAUGGAAUCCAAAAUCCAAUUUGCUUGCUUAUGCUGGAGAUGAUAAAAAUAAAUACCAAGCUGAUGAAGGUGUUUUUCGCAUCUUUGGUUUCCAGAGUGCCUAGCGUUUGCAGAUACAAGGUGUUGUUAUGCCCACUUAACCUUACCUCGAGAGCAUUCUGCUGAACCUUAUUUGGGUGAGGAAUGUGCAGAUUAUACAAGAGGUUAUAUUUAGGUCAUUUUAUCAAAUGUGCAGCAGUCCAGGAAAUUUUUUUGGCUGCCAGGCUGUGAUAGACCUGUAUCUUUCGGCUUACCAUAUAUUCCCUUGAAAGACCGAAUGUAUAGCCUUAAAUUUUCUUCUGCCUCCUUUUUCCAAUAGAAUUGUAAUUUCUCUCCCUUAAGAGAAGAGUCCCCUAACUUCUUAUAAUGUACCCAAAAAAAAAAAGACCUGUAAGUUCUAGGAUGAUACGAACAGAUUGUGCAGGGCUUGUGUUGCCCUAACAUUUGUGUAUGCCUUUAUGGGUGAACGGACUGUUCGGAUUAGAUUUUACUUGACUUGAUUAGGUGCCGACUGCUGAUCA